AUGCGGGAAAUUCAAAAGGCUCAGAAGGAGCAGAGGGCCGCGUUGGAUAUGCUCACGAAGCAACUGUCUCAUGUUGCGAUGUCACUGGGAGAGCUAAGGGGCAAUGAAGGAAAGAUCCCUGCUACUGUGCAGUCCCCUAGUCGUGAAAACAUCAGUGAAGUGUCCCUGAGGUCAGGGAAGGUUUACCAAAACCCUAGCCCACCUGCAGUGCCCCCGAUGUGUGUACCCGGGCAGAGCCAGAGUAAAGAGGAAGGAGAAUCCAGUGGGGUGGAUAAAGCAAAAGGAAGUGAGAAAGGCAAAGCGAAAGUGGGAGGUGAAUCCUCGGAAGGAAGUCAGAAAGAAGAAGCAGAGAAAGUAAAGCCAUAUCUGUACCGAGGAAUUGUGACAAGGAAAAUAGAUGCCACGAUUGACGUGGCUAAUAUGUUCAAGGAAGUGGAAGUGAAGGUUCCGCUGUUGACGGCCUUAAAGAUGCCCCCGAUCAGUAAAUUCGUCAAGGAUUACGUGGUGGGAAAAAUUAACGAAGAAGGGAGAGUGAUCACAGAGGAGAAUGUCACUGCCAUGAUCCAGAGAAGCGACCUCCCUUCCAAGAAGACUGAUCUAGGAAUGUUCACGCUCCCAAUUUCGAUUGGGGAAAUUCAAGUGGAGCACGCGAUGUGCGAUCUUGGGGCGUCGAUCAAUGUUUUGCCAUACUCGAUCUAUAAGAAGCUGGGAGCGGCCAAGCUCGUCUACACUGACAUCAUGAUCCAAUAG